AUGUCAUCCUCAGCGGCACUGACACGAAGGAAAACGCGCUACCAUGAGCAGUUUGGCCUUCCGUCCUUCGACGAUCAUGUCUUCGUCGUCUUCGGCUACGGCUCCAUCUUGUGGAAGCAGAACUUCGAGUUCGACGCGGAGUACGAGGCGUACAUCAAGGGUUACAAGCGCGUUUUCUACCAGGGCUCACGCGAUCACCGCGGGGUGCCGGGCAAGCCGGGCCGUGUGGUGACGCUGCUGCCCUCGGAGGACAAGGAGCAGCGCGUGUACGGCAAGGCGUACCAACUGCCGGCGGACCCUGAGAAGCUGAACACGAUCUUCCAGGCGCUGGAUGUGCGCGAGAAAGGUGGAUAUGAGCGCCUCUUCGUGACCAUCUACGACGCCCACCCGUCGCUCGCCGCCGUCGGCGGCGAGGACCGCCCGCUAAAAUUGGCAGACAAGGGCAUGGACACGCCCAGCAAGGCGAUGGUGUGCCUGUGCUACAACGCCACCGAGGACAACGCCGACUACCUCGGUCCUGCCACGAUGGAGGCCAUGGCACGUCAGAUCCUGAACAGUACUGGGCAGAGCGGGCCGAACCGUGAGUACUUAUACAACCUCGACCGUGCGCUGCGGGACAUGGGGGCGGCAGACCCGCACGUCUUCGAGCUCGCGGCGCUGGUGAGGCAGCUGGAGGUCGAGUGUCCGCCGUAA